AGGAGUUUUUCCUUGUCUCUAGCAUUCUACACUAAAAGGUUGAAUUUUUGGCAGAGGCAACAAAGACCGUUUCAGUUUGCAUCGCCUCUCAUUUUGCUAUUCCUAGCAGCUCCACUAUUUUCUUUUAUUGUUCCUUUUGCUAAACUUUCAGCUUUCAGAGCAAAAACAUGUUCAAACAGGUUCGUCUUCUUCUGCUCUUCUUGGCCUCUGGAUUCACCCUCUCCGUUUCAGAGUCCCAAUCUACUUCUCUUCUGCCUCAUGCUGCUGACUCCUUCAAUGUCAGCUAUAUCCAGCUGAAGAACGCGGCGACUUGUUCUUACUUGGUGGUUAUAUCUACUAGUUGUUCGUCUCCUAGUUAUACAAGAGAUCAGAUCAGUAUUGCUUUUGGGGAUGCUUAUGGAAAUCAGAUAUAUAUACCAAGACUGGAUGAUCCAACUUCAGGUACAUUCGAGAGUUGUAGUUCAGAUACAUUUCAAAUAACUGGUCCGUGUGCAUAUCAGAUAUGUUAUGUAUACCUAUAUAGACACGGAUCAGAUGGUUGGAGGCCUGAAAGUGUGAAAAUCAAUAGUUAUAAUGGCAGGGCUGUUACUUUCUAUUACAACACAUAUAUCCCCGGUGAUACUUGGUAUGGAUUUGAUUUGUGCAGCGGUGCUUCUUCUUCGAACCAGGUAUCCAAGCAGAAAUGGCUUAUAUUUAUGGUUCUAGGAUUUGUUCUAAGUUUUUGGUCGUAAGUUUGUGUAUUUUUCAUCUUGUAAUAUUUGCUGCAUCUUUGUACCCAUGAGACUUCGCACACCAUGUUGAAGUAUAGACACUAGAUGCGUAAAACCUUUGUGUCUAAAUUCAGUUUAUUACUUUGCUUUGUUAUUAAUUUUUUA